AUGUACGCGGCGGACGUCAACGACGACUUUGCCAGAAAGCCGACUACACAGGCCGGCCGGAUUCUUUGGUCGGACCCGGAAACGCGUGGUCAGACCCGGACGGUGGUGCGGGCUGAUCCCCAUAUUGGGUUGCUGCAUCGCGCCACGGAGAAGUUAAUCAAGUGUAAAACCUACAUGCAGGCCCUGACGUACAUGGACCGUCUGGAUUACGUGUCCAUGUUGUGCAAUGAGCAGUGCUUCUCCCUGGCUAUUGAGAAAUUAUUAAAUAUCGAUAUUCCGUGGUGCGAUGUACGAGGAUCCGGCAUCAAAAGAAAUUUGCGUAAAGUGCAGCCGUACGAUGCAUACAAUCAAGUGGAGUUUGAUGUUCCCAUCGGUUCACACUGGGAUUGCUACGAUCGCUACCUGGUGCGCGUGGAGGAAAUGCGCCAGUCGCUGCGGAUCAUCCAUCAGUGCCUGAAUAAAAUGCCACCUGGCGAGAUCAAAGUGGACGAUACAAGGUGGUGCAUCCCUCUCGAAAGGUUGUACACCGAAGGCGUCCAAGCCCCGCCCGGCUUCACCUACACCGCCGUGGAGGCGCCCAAAGGAGAGUUCGGGAUCUACCUGGUGUCGGACGGCACCAGCCGCCCCAUGCCGCUGUAA